GGGUCCUUUGGGACUCAACAUUUGGGGUUCCACUGACUCAGUGUCUAGUCAGUGGAUAGACCGUGGAGGUUACCGAGUGGGGUUUGGAGGAGCCAGUGGUGGGGUUUCUUGGCCUUGGCAUUGAGAAGCCUGUGGAGGUCAGACGGCUCUGGGGUCAUAAUCAACCAGGUGGUCCGUAAGGCGGCCUGUGGCUGGUGCGCAGGGCUGAGUGACGGAGAGCCCGCCGUGACCGGGAGUCAGGGGUUCUGUGGGUGUCUGAUCGUGGGUUGGCUGUGGAGAGACUUUGGGGUUCUUUGAUUCACACACUUCUGUGGAUUGGUUUUGUCACUGGUGGUUGGUGAUGGGGGGGGCCUUGCUAGAGGAGCCGAUGGGGACUCACAGUGUGUGUAAUUGACGGCCCAGACCCCCUGGGGGGGCAUUGGGCACAUGGGCUUUAUGGAGUCGAUGCUUGUGUGUCCUGGAGACUCGUGUGUCCAGUGAUCUGGGGGCUGCGGGUUCUCGGGGGGUCAGUCAGUGUGAUUGAGGCGGUCUUUGGAACCGCAUUUGAGGGGCUUUGGGUGUUGGUGAUUGCGGGGCCUUUAAGCGUGGUGUUUUGGGGUUUGGGUGAGUCCUUCGUUGGCCCAGGCAAGACAACGUGGUGACUUCCGUUCAGUAACCGUGUUGUCCUUUGCUCUUUGGCCCCUCUCACCCGGCGUGUGCACGGCUGUGUUGGUCAAUGAUGGCUCCUUUUACUUGAACAUUGCCUUGUUGAAAAGUACUCAGAGACCCCACCAGCUAGGAGUCCCCCCCACCCGCUUGCUCCAGCCCUUUGUGUCGAUGCUCGUUGCCGGGCGUGGCUGGCCUGUAGCCUUCCGGGGUCGGCCCCGCCUCCUCAGAGCUCGGCUCAAAGUCAUCUGCAAGGAGUGCCCUCCACCCACCCACUCCUCUGGCGCAUCUGAAGUUUCUUCUGCGCGCUCUCACAGUCUGAAAUUAUUUUACUUACUUGUGUGUCUGUUUCCCAUCCUAAAGAGCAGGGACUGUCUGUCCUGUUUAGUGGUCUCUCCCACGUGCCCGGAACAGGGCCUGGUAGUAAGAGGCCUUCAGCAAAUUGCUGCUUUCCUGGCCCGUAAAUGAGACUGUGAGUGUGUGUCUAGGUCUGCAUUAGUGUGUGAGUGGGAUCUGACGUGGAUGUGAGAGCACAGUGCAGGAGUAUGUUGGGGUCCUGGGGGAGGAACCAGGGUGACCGUUCGGGGUGUUAGUACAGUUGGCACGUCCCCUUUUCCAGAGGAGAAGCUACAGAAGGUCUCCUGUGCAUCAACCCAAAAGGGGUCCAGACAAGAUAGAAGCUUCCAGGGCAGGUGGGCCUGUGUCUCAGGGGGCCUCAGGUUUGGAAAGCAGUGACUCUGGGCUCUCUUUUCACUGGGCCUCCUAGACCAUCGGGACCUGCCCGUGCCCAGGAGCUCCCUGUGCAUCUCGGGAAGAGGUGCUUCUCCUUUGGGUGUCGCUCUCUGCUCUCCCAGGACGUUUUUCAUGAGAGACCUGUUCUCGUGCACCACACUGUUCACUCUGGUCUCAGGAGAGUCCGGUUUCACUCAGGGAAUCUGACCUUUGUGUCUGCUGCCCCCCACGCGUGGGCAGAACACAUGCCAUCCUUCUCCAUUCCCACUUGUAGAGGUCUUCCUGCCCUGGACGCCCUCGCUCUGCUCUCUGCUACUGUUGCACGGCAAAUUUCAGAAUCCAGCCUGUCUGUCCAGAUGGGCUGGUUCUUGACUCUCUGAAGGAUCUUCAGCACCUGGGGAGCACUGGGACCUGCCCUCCCUCCCUGGCCUGUGUCCUCCCUCGGUUCGUUGAAGGACGAAGAGGGAGAUGUUUAAGGCCCUCGAGAGACGGUGCCAGGAGCUGGUCCGUGGUCCGCCUGGCGUUGAGUAGCAUUCCUGGGUUUCCUUUCCUCUUUCCCUUGCUGACCGAGGGUGUGGGGCUCCCGAGCGGGUGGUCUGAUUCCAGCCCUCGGCCCAGCUCUAGGGGUGGGCAGGAAGGGCCUCAAAGGGGCCAGUGUUCUCUCCACUCUUGUUAGCUGCCCGGGAGAAAACCUGGUAGUCUGCCAACACCAGGGCGUAACUUGCGUCCCUCAUUUGUGGGGGACGAGUCCAGCCAUCUCUCCUGUUCCACUGGGACCCUGAGGAUACCUCCCUCCUCUCCCCCCAUUCUUUGUUAGAACAAGGGGCUCCUGCUCUAGAUCUCCUGUAGCUCUUACGUUCUCUCCUUGCUCAGCUUACUUCGCGGAAAGGUGCCCACUGGCCAUCCACCAUGUCGGCCUUCCUCUCAGCCUGUCCGCCUGUGGGGACCAAGCCGGGAGAACAAAUUGCCACAGGUGUGCCCUCAUGAAGGAAGUCACAUCCCUGUGUGACCCUGCUGUGAGCCCGUGGAGUCCUUGACCCUGAUCCGGUAUCCGGCUGGUGUAAGUGCCUGGUUCACUCCACAGCGGUGGAGACAUUGAAAGUGGCUGCUUUUGGAGUAGAGAGCCAGCACCCCAGGCCAUUGCCUGUUCCCUGUCCUGCCUAGCAGUGAGUGGCGUUUUAUUCUGUAGUACCUGUGCCCCCGGGAAAAGGUGCUGCAGGGUGAGUGAGCCAAGACUGCAUUUCCAGACUUUGUUGCCGUCUCUGCAGAGUGCUUUGAGGCCAUGGCCCUCAGGAGCACGAAAACUCAUGUGAAAUAAGAAAGAAGAGGCCUCAGGACUCGGGGUGCAUUCCCAGUCCACAGACCUUUGACCAGAGGCCUUUUUCCAGAGCAUCAGGACAGAGCAGAGCAGAUUUCCCAGGACCGGGGGAGAAUGGUCAAGUCACAGAUAUCAUUUGAGGAUGUGGCUGUGGACUUCACGUUGGAGGAGUGGCAGCUGCUUAAUCCUACUCAGAAGACCUUGUACAGGGAUGUGAUGUUGGAGAACUAUAGCAAUCUAGUUUUCUUGGGUUAUCAAAUGAUCAAACCUGAGGCGAUUUUCAAACUGGAGCAAGAAGAGCCGUGGAUAUUAGGUGAAGAAAUCCUAAGUCAGAACUUUCCAGAAGAAGUCUGGCUAGAUAAUAAUCUCAAAAUGUGGCGCCAGGAUAAUCAAGACAAGCUUAAAAGUAUGGAGAGAGGCCAUGAAUAUGACGUCUUUGGGAAAAUGUUUCAUUCAGGCAUUAACUUUGAUCAUUUAGGAAUGAGAUCCCAUAAAUGUGGCACAGGUGAAAAAAGUUUGAAACAUCCUUUUGAUUUUCUUAUUCCAAAAAGUAACUGUGAAAGAAAAAAACUUGAUGAGCUUAAUAAGAAAUUACUAUUCUGUAUCAAGCCUGACAAAACCUGUGGUGGAAUAAAAUACUCUGAUUGCAGUAAAUGUAGAAAAGUCAGCAGUAAAGAGCCAGGGCUCAUUACAAACCAAAUAGCACAUACAGGAGUCUGUUUAUGCAUGGAAUGUGGUAAGGUUUUUAACAAAAAGUCACAGCUCAUUAUACAUCAGAGAACUCAUACAGGAGAGAAGCCCUAUGGAUGCCAUGACUGUGGGAAAGCCUUCUCCCAGAAGUCAUUACUCACUAUUCAUCAAAGGACUCAUUCAGGAGAAAAGCCAUAUGGGUGUGGUGAAUGUCAAAAAGCUUUCAGCAGGAAGUCACUGCUUGUUUUACAUCAGAGAACUCAUACGGGAGAGAAGCCCUAUGGCUGCAGGGACUGUGGGAAGUCCUUUAGUAGGAAGUCACAGCUUCAAAGGCAUCAGAGAACCCACACAGUAGAGAAGCCCUAUGGCUGCAAUGACUGUGGGAAGGCCUUCUCCCAGAAAAUAAGGCUUAUUACACAUCAGAGGACACACACAGGGGAGAAGCCCUACAAAUGUAGUGAUUGCGGAAAAGCCUUCUUUUGGAAGUCACAGCUUAUUACUCAUCAGAGGGUUCAUACAGGGAAGAAACCGUAUGCAUGUAGUGAGUGUAAAAAAGCCUUCAGCAGGAACUCACUCCUCAUUAGGCAUCAGAGGAUCCACACAGGAGAGAAGCCCUAUGAAUGCAGUGAAUGUGGUGAAGCCUUUAUCAGAAAACCGCAACUUGUCAGACAUCAAAUGACUCACACAGGAGAGAAGAACUAUCAGUGCAGGAACUGUGAAGAAGCCUUCUUUAAGAAGUCAGAACUAAUUAGACAUCAGAAAGCUCAUUUAGGAGAAAAACCCUAUGGAUGUGUUGAAUGUGGAAAAACCUUCUUUGGGAAGUCACAGCUCCUGACACAUCAGAGAACUCACACCGGAGAGAAACCUUAUGAAUGCGGUGCCUGUGGGAAAGCCUUCACCCAAAAGUCCAGCCUGGUAUCUCAUCAGAGGACACACACAGGGGAGAAACCCUAUGAGUGCAGCGAGUGUGGGAAAGCCUUCAGUGAGAAGUCAAGCCUCAUUCACCAUCAGAGAACCCACACUGGAGAGAAACCCUUCGAAUGCAGUGAGUGUAGGAAAGCUUUUGCCUGGAAGCCACAGCUUCUUAGGCAUCAGAGAAUUCAUACAGGGGAGAAACCCUAUGAAUGCAGUGAGUGUGGGAAGGCAUUUGUUCAGAAAGUACAGCUCAUUAAGCAUCAGAGAAAUCAUACAGGAGAGAAGACCUAUGGAUGCAGUGAUUGUACAAAAGCUUUCUUUGAGAAGGCGCAGCUCAUUAUACAUCAGAGGAUUCAUACAGGAGAGAGACCCUAUAAAUGUGGGGAAUGUGGGAAAUCUUUCACUAGAAAGUCGCACCUUAUGAGGCAUCAGAGGAUCCAUACAGGAGAUAAAUGCUAUAGAUGCAGUGAAUGUGGGACAGCCUUCCACAGGAAGGCACAGCUCCUGAUACAUCAGAGAAGUCAUAUGCUGUAGACAUGGGGCGGGUGCGGUGAGUAUGGGGAGUCUGCCAUCAGGUGUCAGGCCCCUCACACUCCAAGGACACGUACAGGAGAGAAACCCUGUCACUGCAGUGACUGUCUCACCAUACAGAAUUCAGAAAGAGAACUUUUUUUAAGUAGGCAAUAUAGGAAAGCCUUCUCCCAGAAAACAAAACUUAUUACAUAUUGAUGGCUCCUCAGUGUGGAAAUCUUAUCAGUAUUGUGAUAAGUACGGACCUUUCAGUCAAAAGUGACAGCCUGUUAAAUACUUAGAAGACCUAAACAGGAGAAAAACUCAAUUGUUAUAACAAGUAAGUGAAAGAUUUCACCGGGAAAGGGUAACUCAGAGUACACUAGAGAAUACAUACACAAAGGAAACACUGAGUAUUAUAUAUUAGAGAUCUCAUGCAGAGGAGUAGUUCUAAUAAUUUGAAGAAUUUGAUAAGCAUGAUCCUAUUAAAAUAAUUCUAAAAGGAAGAUGUGUGCAUUGUAUAUAAAUUAUUAUAAGAAAAUAGGCAUUUUAAAGUGGUAGCUGUGUUUUACAUGUGAAAACUUCUGCUUUCUGCUAUGGUGCUAUAGGAAGAACCAGAUAAACUCUACUGCCUUAAGCAGCUAGAAACCGUACCAUUUAUGAAAUAGUGGUUUUUUAGACAUAUGUCAAACACAGGUUUGUGAUCCCUGGCAGGAGGUGGACAAGGUGAGGAGAGCCCCACGACUGCCCAGCCUAGACCCUGGGGGCAGCAUCCAGGCUGCAGGUCAGGGAGGGGAAUGAACGUGGUCCUGCUGGACUGAAGAGAGUUGCCGAGUUGGCGUCUGGGGAGCCCUGGUGGCUAGAAUUUGCAGGGAAAAGUGCUGGAUAGGAAGGAGCUUCCCAGAGAGGGCCUGCAGAAAUCCUCAAUGAGUCCCCCCUUGAGUCUGUGGGCUUUAGUGCUGAUUCACACGUGUGUGGAAGGAAGCUGAGACCAUGAGAGUGGCACUGGGGAGCAGUGAGCUGGGCGAGCCCUGGAGCUCAGCGCAGGCGGGGACAGUUCACGUUCCCACCAGCCAUACAAAAGCACGUGGGCAUCAAGAGAGUUCCCAGAACAAUAUUGUCUUGGUGGGGAGGGUAACUAACACUAGAUUAAAAGCUACUCUACCCACAGUGACUGACGUCCAAACACUUACCUGGCAUGCCAAGGGGCAGGAACAUAUGACUUGUAACCAGGAGGAAAAUCAGGCAGUAGAAAGAGAAAAGACUGAAGUGAUUGGAAUUAGUAGACAAGGAUGUUCAAAUAGCUAUUGUAAGUAUAAAGUAGAGGAAAACAUGAAUUUGACGACACAUGAGUGGAAGAUAUAUUUUUAAAAGCUCAAAUGGAACUUCUCAGGAUGAAAACAACAUCUGUAAAUUAAAAAAAAACUGGAUGGAAUUAAGAACAUAUUAGACAUAGAAGAAGGAAAACAAUGAAUUUGAACAGUAAGUAUAAAAAUUAUCCAGGUGAAUGAUACACACACAGAGAAAAAGACUGGGGGGAAAGGAGAACAGGGAAUUAGUUACUGUGGCGUAACACACAUGGAAUGGGAGGUCCAGAAAGAGAGGAGGGAGAAAAAGGAUUUGGAUAAACGAUGGCUGAAAAAUAUCCACAUAUGAUGAAAAGUAUAACUCGACAUAUUCAAUAAGCUCAAAGGACCCAACACCUAAGAAACAUAAAGAUGCCAAUGGACAUCAUCGUCAAAUUGAUGAAAACCGGUGUUAAAGAGAACGAUUGUAAAAUGUCUGGAGAAAAAGACACAACACAUUCACAGAACAAAGAAUAACAACAUACUUCUGGUCAGAAACUAUGCAAACUAAAAGACAGCAGAGUGACAUCAUUAAAUUAUGAAAGAUAUAAAAGAAACCCCUGCAACCUGGAGUUCGGUUGCCUGUCGAAAACAUCUUCCAAAAGUGAAAGCAAAAAAGACUUCAAAGAAACAAAAUCAGAGAGAGUUCCUGCCAUAAGGAAACACUGAAGAAAGUUUGGGGUCAGCAAGAAAAGAACACUCUGGAAAUGGUGAAUGUGUGGAUGAAUAUGAAAGAUUUUUUUUCUCAUUUAAAAAUCUUUCAAAAAGUUAAUGGACUGCUUAAAACCAAAGUAAUGACAACAUACUUGGGGUUAUGAUCUAUUUAGAAGUAAAGUGUAUGACUACGAUAGCACUUAAGUGUGAAUCUGUAAAAAUAGUUGAACAGACUGUGUCGUCUGAGACGGGCUCGGGAUGACUUGUGUUUGUAGCAACUGCACGAUGGAAGCUGUCUGUGUUACGGAUCUGUGCACGUCGCCACACCCAUUCUCCUUUUUCUGCUCUGCAUGCCCAGAGGAAGUGCACAACUGCUUCCUAGGGUUUCUGCUCAGGUUCACACAGGGAGGUAUGUGUCAGCCCUCCCUCCCUCCUGCUGGUCUACAGACACCCACAUGGCUGCAGCUCCCUGCUCGUCAGAUGUAAGGGUGUUAACUGCUUCUGGGGGCUUCACCAUCCCUCCUGGUUGGUUUUCUGAAUUGUGAACACAAAUCUGUAAAUAGUCCCUUUAUUAAAUGUUCCUGAGUUAAUAAUUUGAGUGUAACAUUUGUUUUCUGUGAUGUGUUAAAUGAUGAACGUUUGACCAAAUUUUGAGUAUCAGUUACUGGUCCACGGGGCAUAGACUGACAUCUGUCAAGAUUUCUCACACUCUGGGCUUCCCUGGUGGCACAGUGGUUUAGAGUCCACCUGCCGAUGCAGGGGACACGGGUUCGUGCCCCGGUCCGGGAAGAUCCCACAUGCCGCGGAGCGGCUGCGCCCGUGAGCCAUGGCCGCUGAGCCUGCGCGUCCGGAGCCAUUGCUCCACAAUGGGAGAGGCCACAACAGUGAGAGGCCCGCGUACCGCAAAAAAAAAAAAAAAAAGAUUUU